UUUUCGUCUUCGGGACCUCCCCCGGAAGUAGCUUUUGCGGCGAACUGGGAGGAGGAGGUGUUGCUGCCAGGUGCACGCCGGCUGUGUGUACGGCGGGGGCGCCGGUGCUGCUGCGGUGCCAUGGAUGCCCGCGGCGGCGGUGGUGGUGCCGGUACCCGGGUGCGGGCGCUGUACUCCUGCGAGCACUGGGAGAUUGUGAAGCCGUCCGUCAGCGAGCUGUCUCGGGAGGUCCGCACCAACAUACUGUGCACGGUGAAGGGAUGCGGCAAAGUUCUCCCCAACCCCCCCGCCCUCAACAUGCACUUGGUGAAGUCCCAUGGCGUGCAGGACGGUAUAACCAAUCCAACACUACGGAAAGAUUUGAAAGCGUCCCAGAAACUGUACUGCUGCCCAAUUGAAGGCUGCCCCAGGGGAACGAACCGGCCCUUUUCACAGUUCUCUCGUGUAAAGCAGCACUUCAUGAAAAUGCAUGCCGAAAAGAAGCACAAAUGUGAGAAGUGUGGGAACUCCUACGGCACAGAGUGGGACUUAAAGCGGCACGUCGGGUACUGCGGAAAGACCUUUAAGUGCACGUGCGGCUGCCCUUAUGCCAGCAGAACGGCGCUGUUGUCACACACCCAUAGAAUGGGCCAUGAGAUUCCCAUCGAGCACAGAGACCCACCUGUGAAGAAGAGAAAAAUUGAAGCAUCAAAGCAAAGACAGAAUACGGUUUGCGAGGAGAGAGCAUUGGCACACAGUCUUUCUGCAGCUGCAGUUACUACAGCUGACCAGCAGAUGGCAGAGUUAAAGGCACGGCCGGCCAGUGAAAUGUACACUAAUUCCUAUGUUACAGAGAGUGCUCCUCUGCAACCAUAUCAAGCCCAAAAACUCUUGUUACCAAAGCCUAAGCUAACUAUAAUUAAGCUACCAGUAAUGCAACUGGCCCACUUGCCUGUCUUCGUUUCUUCUUCUGAAUGUCCUAUGAAACAUAUGGUCGUGGCAGUCAAUAAUCAAGGCUCCGUCAUGAGUACGUUACAAAUUGUACCUCAUUUUAAUGGGACGGUUCUCCCAAGUGUGGAUGCUGAGGCUUCCGUACCGAAUAACCUCUCUCAGGCUAGAAAUGAAGGGUACAGUUCACUAGGUUCUGUAAACUCUUAUGUGCAAGUCAAUAUGGAAGGGAGCAGCUCGUCCACCAAAACCAGAAUCACGUCUGAUGUUCAGACGGACUUAUCAUACUUUGCUUCUAACCUAUUACCAAGCAACCCCUGGAUUCCCAGUGACUCCUAUGUAUCCUCCUGUUCCCAAACAGACUUGUCAUUCAGUGCCCAGAUGUCCCUGCCUAUCAGUGUUGAGACUCAAACACUUCAGGGAAGUGCGGCAUCUCUGUCGGAGGUCUCGGACAGUCCUUGCGUAAAUUACGGAGUUUCCCGGGAAACUCAAACGAACACAAUCUCUUUUCCAAGAGACAACCCGUUGCUGGUGGACCAGUCUGUCAUGUGUGAUGAUCUCUUUGGCGGCACCAACUCUCUUUACACUGUAUCGACGCAAACAAGUCAGGCAGCAGACUGUUAUAUUUCUGGCAACUUAGGUCAGAACCUCUUGGACAACGAUGAGAUCAAGGAAAUAAGGGAAGAGGAAAUGAAGUCUACGUUCAUGAACUUUAAUACACAAAAUGGGCCGUUCCCAUCUCAGAACAUGACUGAUAACCAGACUCAAACAAUGGAGCUUUUGAGCGACCUAGAAAAAAUCCUUUCUGACAAUAUCUCCAGCCAAUCCAUGGAUAGCCGCGGCCUAUUGUCAGGGGGCGAUGCCCAACUGUCCUCCAGUUGUAACCCCAACCCCAGCAUAGAUUUUGACAUCGAGGAGUUCUUCUCCGCAUCCAAUAUCCAGACUCAGACGGACCAGAGUGUGCUGGGGAACCUCAACUCUGAAUAUCUGGAUAUCGAGACACAAACUGAUUUCUUAUUUUCAGAUGACUCUACUCAUUCGUUCUCUAACAAAGGAAACUCCAACCUCAUGGGCAUGGAAAUGUUUGAUACGCAGACCCAAACCGACCUGAAUUUCUUUCUGGAUAAUAACGCUCACUUGCGUCUAGGUAAUAUCCUGAAACAGUCUAGCUUCUCCAUUAGCACGGACUCGUCCGAUGCGGAGAGCCAAGCGAAUGGUGACGCAGCCAGCAAAGAUAUGCCCUGCCCUCCGCUGGACGGUUCCGUACAACAGAACAGCGCUGAGACGCAGACCACAGACAGCUGCUUUGAAACACUCGGAAGCUUAUUCCUUACCAGCAACGAGACCCAGACUGCAAUGGAUGACUUCCUACUUGCAGAUCUGGCGUGGAACACAAUGGAGUCUCAGUUCAGCUCCGUGGAAACCCAGACUUGUGAGGAGAGGUUCUCUUUGUUCUCCACGGACAAAUCUGGCAACUGAACCAUGUACCUCCAAAAGCAAUCAUCGAUAGCAGUGAAUGAGCACCUUUCCCCCCUUCUAUUUAUUGGUUUGUCCCUGCAUGUCUUAAUGUAUUUUGCAAGAGCAAACCGUGCCGCUUCUGUACUCCACUGUAGCCUUUAUGAAACGUGUUGGCAGGCUCCGAGCCUUCCUUAGUAAGGCGCAGACAACCUGCCAUAGCCUAAUGAGCUUUACAAACCUAUUUUGCGUUAAAUCUGAAAUGCAUGUCUUGCUGUACACAACAAUUGUAUAAGUAUGGUCUCUUUUGUAUAUUGGCUAUAACAACUAGAAAAGCACUUUAUUUAUUUGAUUUUCAUUGUGAAUUAUUUAUACUGUGAUUAUAAAGAGUGUCUAACGGUAAUAUGUUCAACUUUGUUUUUUACACUAAUUUAUACCAAUAGACACGGGAGAGUUACUAUAUGCUAAGUCUGUUUUGAAGGUGGAAUAGAAACCACAGAAGAUUGGCUUAAAAUAUCUCAAUGGCAGACACGGGAGGGGGACACGCACGUCCUACCCAGUCACUAGUGACACACCUGACGUGCACGUCCUACCCAGUCACUAGUGACACACCUGACACGCACGUCCUACCCAGUCACUAGUGACACACCUGACGUGCACGUCCUACCCAGUCACUACACCUGACACGCACGUCCUACCCAGUCACUAGUGACACCUGACGUGCACGUUCUACCCAGUCACUAGUGACACACCUGACGUGCACGUCCUACCCAGUCACUACACCUGACACGCACGUCCUACCCAGUCACUAGUGACACCUGACGUGCACGUCCUACCCAGUCACUAGUGACACCUGACGUGCACGUCCUACCCAGUCACUAGUGACAC